GUCAAUGUCAUAAUAAUUUUCUAAAGGUGAGUUGAUCGUGCAGCGUUGCUUGACCCAGUGAGUGGGAAGUCAUAAGCUCGAGAUGCGGAUGCGGGGCUAAACCGGAUAAUGAAGUCCUAACGCGACGCACAGCCAUCCAUCGUUUUGUCCCAAACCCGGCCUCAGGAUACAUCCUCAUUGUCCCAUCCUCAGGCUGUUUGCACCGUGCUCUGGGCAAUCUUGCUUUCGUCGUCUUCAUACUGUAGUCGAAGAGUGCUGGGAUAUACUUGUUCGACUUCUCCGGCUUCCAUCUUUUACAAAUCCCGUGCACCUGACCAAGACGGUCCCCGCAAGGAUGUCCGCCUUGAAUCAAUUGAAGCAUCUUUUGUGGCGAAUUCAGUCGUCCCAACCUUCUCUCACCUCUUACAGUCCACGAUCACUCGCCGCCUUCGCCCUCACCGCAUUUGUCAUCUUGAUCCUCAUCGGACAUUGGGUUUUGUCCGGGCCACGGGGCUGGUUCAAUGGUCAUGGGUACGACCGGCCGAUAACAGUGGAGGAGCGCCUUCAGUACAGCGAGUGGAUAUAUCAGGGGAUGGUGAGAGAUCGGAUCAAGUUUGUGAACGACCUUGGUGGGGUAAACAGUGUGAACCCAUGGCCGUCCGGGUCAGGUUGGAGAGCGGAGUACACCCUCUGGGAUUUCUUUCUGCCCUCAUUCGAAUGCCCGCACAUGACCGAACGCAUCGGUAAGAUGGGCGACGGCGGCAAGUGGGUCUGUGGCAUGGACAUAAUCGGACGCAAACCAUCGCCGGUGCUCUAUUCCUUCGGCGUCAGCACGGACAGCUCCUUCGAAGCUGCAGUGCUGGAGCGCUUCCCAGGUGCACAGGUGUACGGGUACGACUAUUCGGUCAACUCGUUUGGGCCCCAAAUUGUCGACUCGCGUGAGCUCCAGGGACGUGCGCAUUUCCACAAAUGGGCGAUUGGCCCUAAGGACCAACAUGGGCCGGACUACGAUCCCAGCUUCCAGGUGUAUACCGUGGAGACCCUCAUGCGGCUAAACGGCCACUCCUUCAUCGAUAUCCUCAAAGUGGACAUCGAAGGGUCAGAAUUCGAGGUUCUCGCUGGGAUCUGCCAACACUACCUGGCGCAAGGGAAGCCCCUCCCCUUCGGCCAACUACAAGUCGAGAUCCACGCGUGGGACAGCAAGCAAUCAUUUGCGGAUUUCCUGGCGUGGUGGGAGUUGUUGGAGCGCGCAGGGCUGAGAGCGUUCAGGACCGAGCCAAAUCUGGUCUAUGUGAACCUGAUGGGCGCGAAACCCAAUCUUGCUGAGUACUCGUUCAUCAACAUCCGCGGACAUCAUGAGAUCGUCUCUCCCCGUUGAUUGGGUUUCAUCUUCACCUUGGGUGUUCCGCGGAUAUAUCCUACGUGGACUGGGUUGUGUGGGCAGGGGACUGGGGGCAGGCGACGUCUGCAGGAAGUGGGUUAGGGGAUAGACAGAAGCACGGACACGUCUCCCGGAUAGUACACUAUAUUUCCUACUGUGCCGUAGCAUAUACCUCUGAAAUUGAUAUCCAGCUGGAUCUGG